GUCAAAAUAACUUUCUCCCGUUGCAAUCCCCUCAAUCAAGUGAAACCUAAUUGGCGCGAAAUUUGUUACUUGUUACCUUUUCUGUUUCAUGUUUUCUCCCAAUUUCUCUCACUCAAACUCUGCUUCCUAAAUGCAAUGGAGCCCUUCCAUGCUGCGAUCCCCUAACUUCUUCGCCGUCAACGUCGGUCGCUCUAACCUCUCUCCACUUCUUCUAUCCGUCUCAGCCGCCGCCUCUCCGUCGGGGAACAGAAACCCGCCGCCGCUCCUGAUGGCGCCGCGCGAUUCGAUGGUGGCGGAGUACGCGAAGUCUAACCGGGCGUCGUGCAAGGCGUGCUCCAAAGCCAUUGAAGGAAAGAGUUUGAGGUUGGCUUUGGUCUCCAAGGGCAAUGGUCCAUACGACGUCGUCAAAUGGCACCACCUCCAUUGCUUCCCUGUAGCCUCUCAUUCUCCUUCCUCUCCUCAAGCAAUCAAAGGCUUUUCUUCCUUGAAGAGUAGUGACCAGGAAGCUUUGAUAAAAUUAUUUGCUGAAAAUGGAAAGUCGGAAGAGAAGGUUCAUAAAGCAACAGAAGAUGUAGAAAAUGAACUUCAAGAGACUGAGGAACAUGAUUCAAAGAAAAGAAAGUUGUGGACACCUGAUGUUAAAGCUGCGGUGAGGAUUAAAUUUGCAGUUUCUGAUGUCAACAGCAAAUACAAGGAUGCUACCCUUCUACCAAAAUGGAAGGCUUUCCAAACAGUCAUAUUUCUGGAACGGGAUGAUGGUCUACGUGAUUCAAGUAAAAUUGCUGCAUUUGAUUUUGAUGGAUGUCUUGCAAAAACAGACGUGAAGAGAGUGGGUGCAAAUGAAUGGACCCUCAUGCAUUCGUCAAUUCCUGAUAAACUACAGAGCCUAUACAAUGAUGGCUACAAAUUGGUAAUUUUCACUAAUGAAUCCAAUAUUGAACGUUGGAAGAAUAAGAGGCAAGUGGCUGUGGAUUCAAAAGUUGGACGUCUGAAUAAUUUUAUUGAGAGAGUGAAGGUUCCAGUUCAGGUUUUUAUAGCUUGUGGGGUUGGUCUGAAAUCAGGAGCAGACAAAAAGAAUGAUGAUGCUUUUCGCAAACCCAAACCAGGGAUGUGGCAUCUUAUGGAGCAGCACUUCAACUCUGGCAUUGUCAUUGAUAUGGAUCAAUCCUUUUAUGUUGGUGAUGCAGCCGGGAGAAAAUCAGAUCACAGUGAUGCAGAUAUUAAAUUUGCAGAGGCCAUUGGUUUAAAAUUUUAUCUCCCCGAAGACUACUUCGCUUGAGUAUCUAAUCUUGACAUUGGUUCAUAUGAAGGUUAAGGUAUUGUGGACUUAGGUGCUUUAUUUUAUAAAAGUUACAUUACCAAAUUGAAGUGUAUGCAACAGAAAGGAUGUAAAUUUAUGGAUCAUGGACUAAUUUGUGGGCAAUCUCAUGUUUUUGUUCAA